UGCGCACGCGAGCAUGCGAAACGCUAUCUUCUCAGUUAACCUGCAAAUUUUGAAUCAAAUUCUGUAUAAGAUGAGAACCUCAACAAUAAUAUUUAAACCUAAAUUGACGUCAUUCAUCUGUGCAAGCAUAAUUGUUGCUAUCGCGGGAGAUUCGGAAACAUGUAAUUUCGACAAAAAAUCUAAUUGCGGCUGCAGUAUUGACAGGAAAUUAACGAUAAACACUGUCCAUAAAAAAGAAUUAGACAAUCAUUGUCCUUCAACCGAUGUCUUACAUCUUUAUAAAGAAUUGUUUAAAACCUCAAGUCGUUUAGAAAAUAUGGUAAAGAUAGAAGCUGGUAUUUACGGAAUUGGUACGAACGAUCCGAUUCUUGUCGCAGAUGGUGAGGGGCCAAAACAUUACAUACAUUUAAAUAGCUUUUACAUAGAUAAGAUGGAAGUGAGUAAUCAAGAUUUCGCGACGUUCGUCGAUACAACGGGUUAUCAGACGGAAGCUGAGAAAUUCGGUGAUUCAUUCGUAUUUGAGGGAUUAUUAGAAAACGAAGUUCAAGAGAAUGAAACGCUGGUCGUUGCUCAGACUCCUUGGUGGGUACAAGUGAAAAAUGCUAGCUGGCUUCAUCCAGAAGGCCUCGGCUCAGAUUUAAAGCAUAGAAUGAAUCAUCCCGUUGUUCAUGUAUCAUGGAACGACGCUGUGGCUUAUUGUCAAUGGUUAAGGAAAAGGUUGCCUUCAGAAGCUGAAUGGGAGGUUGCGUGUCGUGGUGGGCUUGAAGAUAGAUUAUAUCCAUGGGGUAACAAAUUUACUCCAAACAAUCAACACAGAGCAAAUACAUGGCAAGGAGAUUUCCCAAAGGAAAAUACCAAAGAAGAUGGAUAUGGAGGUACGUCACCUGUUACAGAAUUCCUGCCGAAUAAAUAUGGUUUGCACAAUAUGGUUGGAAACGUUUGGGAAUGGACAGCCGAUUGGUGGAGCAUUACGAACCGAGGGAGGGAUAACAAUCCUAAAGGACCGUCUCAUGGCACGGACAGAGUGAAAAAAGGUGGUUCCUACCUUUGCCACAAGAGUUAUUGCUUCAGGUACCGGUGUGCUGCGCGGAGUCAAAAUACUCCUGACACAACAGCUGGGAAUCUGGGCUUCAGAUGUGCCUUAACAGCUUAGAUCUUAUGGAAAAGUAUUACAUAUAUUUUUUGUAAUGGCACUCAAGUCUCAUUAGUUUCACUGGGAUUAGAUUUGUACCUCCUUUAUAAAAAUGAACGGUGCUUUCCGCGUACUCUGGGAAAAGAGUAAGCAGGUUGAAUAAAAAGAAUAAAAUGGAAGCGUUAAUCACA